AUGAAAUAUGAUAUUCGAGCCACGCAGAAUGAUGCCGUUUACAGUGCGACAUUGGUUGUUUGGGAAAUUAUGGAGGGAAGAGUCGUAUUCGGCGAGUACGGAAAGCGGGGCAACUUUCGGCAUGACGACUUUUUGCAUGGGAUUUCUGAUAGAAAACUCCAACAAUUGGAACCACCAUCAUGCGAAAAUGAUAAUUUGAAAGAAAUAAUGAGAAGAGGUUUGAGUUUUGAUCAUUCAUUGCGACCAAAUGCUCUCGAAGCGUACUCCUUUUUAACCAGAACGUAUACACUGAUCAAUGAAUGUCUUCAAGCACAACUACGAGAUCCUUCAACUUGGGGACUUUUGGAAGACGGUAUCGAAUCGAGGAAUCGGCGAAAUAAAGCA